CCACCCUCCUUUUCCCAGCAACCGGCCAAGCAGCUACGGCUGAAGCGAAGACCCGAGGAGGACUGACUGAGCGCGGACUUCAGGACCAGGUUUAUUUGUUUUUAAAAAAUAUUCUUGAAAUUGAAGUAGGCCUGCCUACACAUUAGGAUUCCAUGUCUUUUCUUGUAAGUAAACCAGAGCGAAUUAGGCGGUGGGUCUCGGAAAAGUUCAUUGUUGAGGGCUUAAGAGAUUUGGAACUAUUUGGAGAGCAGCCUCCGGGUGACGCUCGGAGAAAAACCAAUGAAUCAAGCUCAGAGUCGAUAGCAUCCUCCCCUAAACAGGACACCAUGAGCAGUUUUCUGCCAGAGGGCAGGUGUUAUGAACUGCUCACAAUCAUAGGCAAAGGGUUUGAGGAGUUGAUGACAGUGAACUUAGCCAGGUACAAACCAACAGGAGAGCAUGUCACAAUACGGAGGAUUAACCUAGAGGCCUGUACCAAUGAGAUGGUGACAUUCUUACAGGGAGAACUUCAUGUCUCUAAGCUCUUCAACCACCCCAACAUCGUGCCAUAUCGAGCUACCUUCAUUGCUGACAAUGAGCUGUGGGUUGUCACUUCCUUCAUGGCAUAUGGUUCAGCAAAGGAUCUCAUUUGUACACAGUUCAUGGAUGGCAUGAAUGAGUUGGCCAUUGCGUACAUCUUGCAAGGGGUGCUAAAGGCACUAGACUACAUCCAUCAUAUGGGCUAUGUACACAGGAGUGUUAAAGCCAGCCACAUCCUGAUCUCAGCCGAUGGCAAGGUCUACCUGUCAGGCCUUCGAAGCAGCCUCAGCAUGAUCAAUCACGGUCAGCGGCAGCGAGUUGUCCAUGACUUCCCCAAGUACAGCGUCAAGGUCCUGCCGUGGCUCAGUCCUGAGGUUCUGCAGCAGAAUCUUCAGGGUUAUGAUGCCAAAUCUGACAUCUACAGUGUGGGAAUCACAGCCUGUGAGCUGGCCAAUGGCCACGUCCCCUUUAAGGACAUGCCUGCUACCCAGAUGCUUCUGGAAAAGCUAAAUGGGACAGUACCCUGCCUGCUGGAUACUACCACCAUCCCUGCUGAGGAGCUGACCAUGAAUACCUCACGUUCAGGUGCCAACUCUGGCCUGAAUGAGAGUCUGGCUGCCAGCACGACCCGGAACUCCAAUGGGGACUCCCCUCCACACCCUUACCAUCGAACUUUCUCGCCACACUUCCACCACUUUGUGGAGCAAUGUCUACAACGAAGUCCUGACCUCAGGCCAAGUGCCAGCACCCUACUGAACCAUUCUUUUUUCAAGCAGAUCAAGCGACGUGCCUCAGAGGCCCUGCCUGAAUUACUCCGCCCCGUCACCCCCAUCACCAACUUUGAAGGCAGCCAACCCCAGGACCCCAGUGGCAUCUUUGGCCUAGUAUCAAGCUUGGAUGAGCUGGAGAUGGAUGAUUGGGAAUUCUGAUCCUCUGGAGCCUGUGUUUGUUCCCCAGAUCCCUGAAGACUUGAGGGGUGGGGCCAUUCCUAAGGGUUAGGGCUUUCAUGCCCUCCUGAAUACAGAUUGUGUGGAAAGGAAGGACAGUUCUGAUGAGAGAGCUGACUGCUUUCUGUUAGGAGAGGUGGUUGUGGCUGGGCACCCUGCCCUUUCCUGCUCCGGGGCCAGAGGGUACAAGUGGAUGCCAGUAUCUAGGGGUCAAAAGCAGCCAAGCUUCUGACAGUGUCUGAGGCUCAGUUCCCAUCUGCCCGAGUCUGAGAGUGAGUGGGAAAGAGUUUGGAGGGGAAGGAUGUUUUGGGCCUUGAAGGCUGAAGCCUGAUUCCUAGGUUUUUGGUGCCCAGGCAAAGGGCUAAUCAAGGGAGCUGUAUUCCCUCCCUUUCCAGCCCCUUCCCCUACCUUUCUUUCCCUUGGGACAGCAUCUUCCCUAGAAAGGGAAAAAUUGAGGAACCCAGUCUCUCCCUCUCAAACCCUCUCUUCGAACUGAACAGAGGGUUGGUUUGUUUUUUAAUCCUUAUUUUUUAACCCAUCCCCUUUCUGCCAUCCUGCCACAGCAGGGGCAUCUAGGCCUGGUACAAACACCUAAUAAGGCUCAGGGUCCUGGCACUUCAACCUUAGAGCCUAUGUUGUCUUCCUACAGGUCACCUGGGUUCCCAACCUUUCCCUGCCAAUAGUAAGCCUUCUCAGAGCCACUGGCCACCUGCCUUGGUGCUUUCCCCAAAGGCCAUGCAUGGUUUCUGGGUUUAACCUAGGACUUGACCUCUCCAGCUACUUGUUAGUUUUGUUGCCAACAUAAAUUAAAAUUUUCAAUGAAUCCA